AUGAGUGAAUCCUCAUUCAGUCAAUUAAAAUCACAUUCCUCUGGAAAGAGAAAGUUCCUUCAAGAUAUACCUACAACGAUCGACGAUGAAAAUUACAGUAUUAAAAAUCAGAUAUAUAAAGAGUUGGAGGAUAUGGAAAAGGAAGGAGAAUUGAAUCAGGAUCAUAUUCUUCAUCCUCACCAUCAUCAUGGAGGUGGUGGAUUCUCAUUCUCUUCUCCUUCGCUACCGAGAUGGACUGGUGAUAUCUCUGCCAAUGUUGGUCUCGCACAUAACAGUAGCAGUGGCAGCAUGGGUGGUAUUGUGACGAUUCUGGCGAGUGGCGACGAUGACAACAUCCCCAACUCGCACAAGUCCACUCGUUAUCCAACCAAAGGUUCGCUAACAGGCAGUUCUGUAAAGAGCAGUGGAAACAACAACAACAGCAGUGCCAAUUCCAGCAAUCAGAAUAGCUCUUCCAGCUUCUCAAACUACAACAAUCACAGCAACCACAGUUCUGCAUCGAAUUAUAAGAACUUUGGUGGCGGUGGUGGUGGAAGUAACAAUGGUAGCGCAUCAAACUACCUCAAUUUUUCACAGCAACAACAACAGCAGCAACAGGGUGGAAGUAACAACGGUAGUGCUUCAAGCUAUUCCAUCUACAACAGCAAUGGUGGUAGUAACAAUGGAAGUGCAUCGAGUUUCAGUGUGUUUGGUAACAAUGGUGGUGCUGGUGGUGGACAUAGUAACAACGGAAGUGCAUCUAGUUAUAGUGUGUUUGCUACGCAACAGCAGCAUCUCCAACAGCCAAAUAUCAGAAUCACCACACCCGCUGGCAGUAGCAACAGCAGCGCGUCCAACUACAACGCGUUCGCCACAACCACAGCCAACGGUAGUAAUCAAUCAAGUUUCAGCGUGUUUGGCAGCGGCAACAAUGUCAACAGUAAUCCAGGCAGUAACAACUCGAGUUUCAACAGUAUAGCACCACCCUCCACACCACAGAUUCCAUCAUCACAACAACCACAACAACCUCAAAAUAAUAGUAAUAACAACAAUAGACAUUUCAAUCCAACUUCAUUAUUUGAAAUUCUACAAAAGACUGUUGAGGAGCAAUCAGCUCAACAACUGCUCGUCCAACAACAAGUCGCACAACAACAGACACACCAACAAGCACAACAAUAUUUAUUACAACAACAACAGCUACUCCAACAACAAGAGGAGAAUCAUAAUAGUAGUGGUAGUCUAGUCAGCGAUGGCAGCAGAAGCAGUAUGAGUAUCAACAACUUGAUUAAUCCCGAUUCCGUUUUGAUGCCACCUCGCUCCGAUUUCACACUGUCGCCUCAGUCCUCACAGUCGCUGCGCAGUAACAACAGUAGUAUGCCACUCACAAACGAUACAACCACCUACAGCAACACUAGCAGUGUUAUUAGCAGCAUCAACAGCAGUAACAACAGCAGCAUAAACAUGGCAAUCGACAACAUGCAUAUCUCCAGUGGCUAUCACAGCGGUGGUCAAUACAGUGGCCAGUACAGCGGAAACGUCAGUCGUGUCGGCAGUGGAAAUGUCGCGCGUCGUCCACAAACAUCGACUUCCAACUUUAUGAAUUCCGCCAGUCUGACUGGUUGGGUGUGUGUGAAGAGUCGUCAAUCCAUUCUUAUCAUUGGUCCAAACGGCAUUGGAAAGAGCUUCCUGCUGAACACCAUCUUGAGAUCCACAUUCAUCCCCACCAUCUCCCAGUCACGUCCAAUCCUCGGAAGUCACCGUGGAUUCAGCAUCGAUGACUCCGACAAAGAUACUUCCAUGAGCAUUGGCGAAUCGCCAAUCAAUGUCGAUGCUCCGGAGCAAUCAAACUACAACCUUCUCAGGGGUAUAAGACACAUGAAUCAAAUGAAUCAGUCGUCCAACCAAACGAAAAUCGAUCAUCAAUACUCGCUCGACGAUUCCUUUAGACAGUCGGUCGACUGGACAAAGGAGCGUGAGUUGGAGAUGGAGUCGAUCUACAAGACCAGUCAGUAUAUCCACACCAAAGUGUUCCCUGUGCUCAAUGAUAAUCACACCUUCCUCUUGCCACAGGGCAGACUGGGACCUUCACAGUUGUUCCGUUUCGCCUAUGGAUCGAUCUGCGAGUUGGUCGUUGAGUUUAUUUCAGAGUCUGAUCUUAGACAGUGUCUCUGGGAGUUGCAUACCUACGAAGCCGACAAAUCGGUACCGAUGAACCCGAAGCGUUUGGAGUUCCUCACAUGGACAUACGCUUCGGUGGUGGAGGGAGCUACCGCUUCUACAAGUGGCCGUACCAUCAAUUUGAUUUCCGACGCCAAGAACAGCUGGGACCUUCCACUGUCCGAUAAUGUCAGACAACUCCUCGGAAAGACCGUACAAUUCAAGGGUACCGGUAAGGACCACAACGUCGACCGUAUCUACAUCCGUGAGAAGCUGAAGGAGACACUGGCGUGCUACGGCUACAUCACUGGCAGCUUCUGUUUCCUCUUGCCAUGCAGCAUCUUGCUGGGACGUCGUGAAAUCUCUAUACUCUCGGACGACACCCGUCGUGGAAACGUUUCGAAAUUCACAGCCACUCGUUUGUUGAACGAUGCCGAGCAGAUCCUCCUAGCUUUCGACUAUCGCGGUUUGUCAGCGGAUGUCGCCGACCUCCUCAUUGGUUCAAACUUUAUGCAGAAACUCUCAAACGAAGGAUCCGUCCAAUUCAUCGAACUAGGUGAAAAGUUUCAAAACAAAACACCCUAUCCCAAGGGUAUCUACAACUCCAAAGGUCUGCUCAUCACCCAACUCAAGAAACUCUAUAGAAAUGCAAGAAAUCCAACGACCAACUUUGAUCAAAUUUUAAAUAACUUUAAAUUAUUACAAUUAAUGCCAAUAUUAUUUUUAUCAGCAGAAUUGAAUAAAGCAUUGCCUUUAGAAUAUGCAAGUUCAAUUGGAUCACUUAAACAAUUGAAGGAUAUUACAAAUAUUCCAUUGUUGAUCAAGAUCAUUCAUCAAGCCACUCAUACCAGUUGGACAACUCAGCACAAUCUACUUGAUAAGUUCAAGGAGAAUGCUUUCAAAAAGAAUACUUUGUUACAUCAAUACUUUAAGACAACCACUCAACCACAACAACAACAACCACAACAAACACUUCAAUUGGCACAACAAAAACCAUCUACACUCAAUGCACCAAAGAAGGCACAACAAGCAGCACUUCCUCAAAUCAUCGCACCGGCAUCGACUUCGCCGUGCAAAUCGCAACAACAACCACCAACACAACAAACCAAUCAACCAAUUGUUAUUAAUCUAACUGGAAGUGGUAGUAAUGGUUCUAUCGAAGCACCUCCUCACACCUUUAGCCAGCCAGCUAGCCAACCUGCAACUUCGCAAGUGGUUAUUGCAGCACCGAAAUCACCGACACAAAUGAUUAUCGAUGACAACUUGUCGAGUUCGUUCAAGGAGCAACUACAGUUGUCUUCCACACCGACCAGUGGAAUCCGUAGUAACAACUGGCGUAGUCAGUAUCUCCAGUACAAACAGGUUGGAUCGGUACCCGGAAACAACACCAGUGGCAUGGAUCGCAUCAGUUCGUCGUUCCGUACACGUUUCGCUGGAUGGAAGCGCAAGCUCCUCGCGUACAUCAGCUCCGAAGCAUCGGAGUCGGUAUUCCUCAACAAGGUGUCAGAGUGCGAGCAAUUCGCUCGCUCCGAAUGGGAGAGAUUCCGACACAUCUCGCCCGACCAUACCGCAACCAUCUCUGACAUCUGCUCGAAUCUCUACGGACUCUCAUCGAGUUCGCGUCUUAUUAGCGGUGGUGCAGCCGAAUUCUACAACAACACUGGCAAUCCUGUGAUUCUCCUUUGUCGUACACUCAUCCACUGGACGCCCACCUUUUGGCGCGACAAUGUCGUCGAGCGCAUGCCAAUGUUGGAAGAUGAAAUCGUGCAGUUCUCACGUAAUCUUCUCGGUGAAAUUAGCAAGCUCCUGAUGAACAAGGUGAAUAUGCCAGCCGAGGAGAAAGCACAGCACAACAAGCUGCUUCAAUAUUGCCAGUCUGCAACCGAUCGAAAUGUCCACAAUAAGAUUCAGUAUAUUCAAAGUUUCUUUAUCGGUCAAAAUAUGACACAGUUGUUCUAUGCCAUCUCGCUAGAUACACUGUGCUCAGAGUUGACAUCAAAGGCAUCGGCAGAUCCCAAACAACUCGUUCGCUACCACGAGUUGAUCGAAAUGUGUUUCCACAGUGCUCCACUCAUGGCUGCAUCCAAGAUCCAACAGAAACUCUUAGAGAUGCUCAGAACUGCACUUACCUAUCUCGACUCUAUCGAAAAGCAUCUCGAACACACCAUUCAAUAUCUACUAAACUCGCCAUUCCGUAUCAAGAGACAAAUCCAAAUGAAGCCAAAGAUUGACUUUACGCUGAAUGUCAUCGAUAAUUAUAUUAAUCUAGUGGAUCCAAUCGAGGAUCCAAAUCACCCCAGACCUGAAGUAGUUUCUCCACAAUCUACAUCUUCAUCAUCCAGCUCGAAUAAUAGCAGCAGCAGUGCUGGUGGUUGUGGUAGUAGUAAUCAAUCAAAUAGUAGAUCACCAUCACCUCAAUCCUCACCGAAUAUGAUAUCGUCACCAGCCGUUCCAUCGUCUCCACAACAACAAGACAGAAUGGAAGUGGACGUCGAUGGAAUCGGAUCGGCCAAUCCACCAUUCAACAAACGUAUCAAGAAGCCAACCACCGAAACCACCUAUGCAUCCGAAUCACAAGGAUCUAUUUCAACCAAGGGUUCCGGUACCUCUCAGAUAUCUGCACAGUUGGACGAUGCUCUCUUGGUUCGUUUGUUGGUGCCCGCCCUCCAAUCACUCGACCUCGAAGGUGCAAAGUACCUAUCGGCCCUGAGUAUCCGUGCCAUCGGUGCCACCUGUCCAAAUCUAAAGAAACUCUCUCUCGCUUACUGUACCAAUAUACCAUCGGAAUCACUUGCCGCACUUGGAAUCGCAUGCAAACAACUGGAAUCCAUUAAUCUCAAGGGUUGUCAUCAAUUGACCAACGUCGGAUUGCUCUAUGUUGUUCGUGGAUGUCCAAAUCUCACUAGCAUCGACCUCUCUGGCUGUAUGAAGAUAACCGACUCUGCCAUUCAUGAACUAUUCCAAAACUCAAGACGACUCCAAACACUCGAUCUCCGUCGUUGUCCUCAGUUGACAGACGCAGCUUUCCAAUCGUUCAAUCUGACAACUCUUCUCAAUAUUGAUCUUCUCGAGUGCAAUCAGAUCACCGAUAUUGCCGUCAUCCAAAUAUGUAAUACUAGUAGAUCGCUUAGUAGCAUCAAGCUAAGCAGUAAGAAUAUAACCGACCAAUCGUUGAAGCGUAUCGCUGCCAAGUGUCGUCAGCUGACAGUACUCGACCUGAUUGCCUGUGAGAAUAUCACUGAUUCCGGUGUUCAGUCGAUUGUCCGUGGAUGUCCAGAACUCAGUUCGCUCAAUCUCUGCUCCUCCAAGAACAUUACAACUGCUGCCUUCCAAAUCGAUGAGGAUCUUCUCACCGAUUCCAGUGUUGGAAGCAGUAGUAUGAUGGGAGUUGGCGACCACAGCAGUGACUCUAGCAUGGACUCCCUCAUGGCGGCAGCUGCAUCGACCGCCAAUGAAUUGUGUUUGAAGAGUUUGAAACAUCUCGAUCUCAAUCGUUGCAUUGCCAUCAACGAUAGUUCAGUGCUAACACUGACAAUGCAAGCUACCAUGAUUGAAACAAUAAGUCUUGCCUACUGUGAGGACAUUACCGACGAAGCUGUUAUGAGUAUCGCACAACGUCUUCAUCAUCUCAAGAAUAUCGAUCUCUCCAAAUGCAAACACAUCACCGAUCAAUCGAUCAUUGAAAUCGUCAAGAAUCGUGGACCAGUUCUCAAUCGUUUGGUUCUCUUUAGCUGCACACAAGUCACUGAUCUCUCGAUUGUCCAGGUCGCCACUGUUUGUCGUUCACUCAUUCAUCUCGAUGUCUCACAGUGUGAGAAGAUCACCGAUGCUUCACUUGUCAAAAUCUCACAGGGUUUGCCACUGCUCAAGGUUCUCUGUAUGGAGGAGUGUGUAAUCACCGAUGUUGGUGCAAGCUCACUUGGAUCGAUCAACGAAGGAAUCGGAUGUCAACACCUUGAAGUUCUCAAAUUUGGAUACUGUCGUUUCAUCUCUGAUGCCUCACUUGCCAAGCUUAGCUUUGGAUGUCCCAUGAUUGCUUCGAUCGAUCUCUCCUACUGUAGCAAUCUCAUCACUCCAAGAGGUAUCCGCUCGGCCAUCAAGAUGUGGCCACGUCUUCAUACCCUCCGUCUCAGAGGUUACAAUUCACUUACCAACGAAGGAUUGAUUGAAGGCACACCAAUGAAGUUGAAAUCCGUCAAUCUAUCUUGGUGUAUCAACUUGGAUGACAGUGCACUCAUCAAAUUUGCAAAGGGUUGUCCAGCUCUUGAGAACCUCGACAUUUCACGUUGUCCAAAGAUCUCUGAUAACGCACUGGAAACUGUCUUGGAUGCAUGUCCAUCGAUUCGUGUUGUUAAUGUUGCCGGUUGCAAAGAAAUCACCUCCUUUACAGUACAAAAAUUAGCAUCACUUGGAAAAUCAAUAUACAGAUAG